AUGUGGUACUUUGUGGCGUGUUGCGUGGUGCUAUUGCUGCUAUGGCUUCAUCUAGAUAAUUUAAAGCCUGCCAAUUUCCCGCCCGGUCCUAAAUGGUACCCGAUCGUGGGCAGUGCUCUUGCGAUCAUGAAUGCACGCAACAAGACGGGUAUGCUGUGCAAGGCGGUAGAGCACAUCGCUAACGACUAUCCCGACCAUCGUGGUGUGAUUGGGUUCAAGAUAGGCAAAGAUAAAGCCGUGAUGGCAAUCAAUGCCGAGUCGCUCAAGGAGAUGAUGAACAACGAAGACUUUGACGGUCGGCCGACGGGCAUCUUCUACGAGACGCGCACGUGGGGACUUCGGCGUGGAGUUUUGUUAACGGACGAACAGUUUUGGCAGGAGCAGCGUCGUUUCAUCGUGCGCCAUCUGAAAGAGUUUGGCUUCGCCCGCAAAGGAAUGACGGAAAUUAUUCAAAACGAAGCUGCGCAGAUACGGAAGGACUUUGAGGAAUUGGUGGAGCAAGGUAAUGGAACGGCGACGGUACAGAUGCAGGGUGCGUUUUCGGUGUAUGUACUGAACACACUCUGGCUAAUGAUGGCCGGUGUCCGGUACGGCAAGGAUAAUAGUGACCUACGGUAUUUGCAAUCGUUGCUACACGAGCUGUUCACCAACAUCGACAUGAUGGGCGCGCUGUUUAGCCAUUUCCCUUACCUUCGGUUCGUGGCACCACAACUGUCCGGUUACCAGCAGUUUGUCGAAAUUCAUGAAUGUAUGCACAAGUUUAUUGGGGCCGAGGUGGAACGCCAUCAGCAAAACUUCAAUCCGGACGAUGAACCUCGCGAUCUGAUGGAUGUGUACUUGCGCACGCUGCAAAACAAUAAUGCGCCGUCCGAUAGCUUCUCGCGCGAGCAACUGUUGGCCGUUUGUUUGGACAUGUUUAUUGCCGGCUCGGAGACGACUACCAAAACGCUCGACUUUUCCUUUUUGUACAUUGUGCGCAAUCCCCAGGUUAUGCGUCGGAUACAGGAUGAAAUUGACGAUGUCAUCGGCCGCAAUCGACUGCCGACUUUAGAGGAUCGUGUCAGCAUGCCAUAUUGCGAAGCCACGACACUCGAAGGGCUUAGAUUGUUCAUGUCGAAUACGUUCGGUAUUCCACAUCGAGCACUCAAAGAUACCAUGCUUUGUGGGUAUAACAUUCCCAAGGACACUAUGCUCGUUGGCAUGUUCCGUGGAAUGAUGCUGGACGAGAACCUGUGGGAAAAGCCGACUGAAUUCAUUCCCGAUCGUUUCCUGAAGGAUGGCAAGAUACACAUUCCGGCUCAAUAUCAUCCGUUCGGCGUCGGCAAACACCGUUGCAUGGGAGAACUUAUGGCGAGGGGUAAUCUCUUUCUGUUCCUGACGACAACGCUACAGUCGUUCGAUCUCUUGCUGCCUGAGGGAGCCUCCAUACCGUCAGAUAUUCCGGUUGAUGGGGCAACGCCCAGUGUACGGAAGUAUCAUGUUGCCAUUCGUCCACGUUAG